UUUUGAAUGCUGUUUAUUAACUAAACAAAUAUAACAAGUAAACAACAUUGUACACAAAACAGCUGUAACAUAUGGAAAACUCGACUUCGUGCAAUACUCUCUUUCCACAGGUGCUUGACUCGUUUUAUAAAAUAAUAACAUAGUUAUAGAGUACAUUUCAUUUAUAUGUACUCUAUAUGUUAUUAUUUUAUAAAACGAGCCAGGCACCUGUGCUCUUUCUAAUAAACUGUGUUGACUCGGAUCUCUUAGGUCAAUCCCUUCUGUAUGCAUACCAAUCGUCCUCGCCAGUCAAUGGCUACAGAUUGUACCGUACAUUCUAGUAUACGUCGUGUUAUCAUAUAACCGUAUACAACUGUGUUUUUUUUUAUCUCUGUCUACAAACAUUUCUACGCAAGUAUAAUCUUAUUGUGUCAUUGUAAAAUAUAUUGCUAUCAAUUUCGAACCUUUGCACGAUAAGAUAUUCUUCAAUGUGUUAACACAAUUGUAUAUAUAUAGUGAGCAGCUCGCUCCGACAAUAACCGUUAGUCCUGUAUAGUUCCCGAGAAUGUCGGACUAGAGGAGGUAAGUGUUUUUUCGUCAUAAACAGCUAUAUUAGAAAAAAUGACAACAGCAUAUUGCGUAUCGAAUGCUUCCAGUCCUUUUACAUGUAUAUAUACGCUGUACACUCAAGUUGUUUGAAGUGUGUGAUUAAGUUUAUCUGGAUUACUAAUCUACUUUUAAAAACGCUAAUAAACCAUAAAACAACCACCAAGAGUUCUGUAAAGAAUUGGUAAUCUAAAGCAACCGCCUCACUAUGAUAUCAAAAUCCCUGCUAGAAAAUCAGGAUUAGUGGGCCUAAAGUGUGUCCCUGAAUACAAAAAUAUUGACUGUUAUGAUAAAAUGAAUGUUGCCUACUUCAAGGUGAUAAUUUCUUGAAUUCUCUAAAAGUAUAAAAUGAUAUCGUGUGAGUUUAUCUGUUGUUCUUUAGUUUACGAUGCACGUUCGUUUUUAUUUACGAUGCACGUUUUUUUUUUUUUGUACUGGAUAGCUCGAGAUUCCACCGACUAUGGAGAGGUUAGAGCGUGUGUGUGUGUUCUGUGUUAUAGUGACCACAGUGAUGGCCACACCCACUGAUAACAUCGUCACCACCACAUAUGGUGCCGUCCGAGGAAAAGCCACACCCACUGAUAACAUCGUCACCACCACAUAUGGUGCCGUCCAAGGAAAAGCUGUGACAACAAACAACGAAACAGUUCAUCAGUUUCUAAAAUUACCAUUUGCCAAACCACCAGUGGGAAACUUACGAUUCAAGAAACCACGGCGACCUGAUUCUUGGAAUGGAACCCUUCAGGCAGUUCAUCACGGGCCUCCCUGUAUGCAACGACUUUUAAGACGAUACAAAGAUGUUUUGGAUAAUAGCGCCAUUUCCGAAGACUGUCUCUAUUUGAACGUUUAUGUGCCAGGGCAAAUAAACAUCACAGCUAACCUGUCAGUUAUGGUUUACAUACAUGGAGGGGGAUACAGAUCAAAGACGGCGUCCCUAUACGACGGGUCAUUCCUUGCUCAGCACGGCGAUGUUAUUGUUGUUGUCACGAACUAUCGUCUGGGAUUCUUCGGCUUUCUUAGCACAGAGGACGAAUCAGCGAAAGGGAAUUAUGGAUUAUGGGAUCAGAUUUAUGCUCUUCGAUGGGUACAGGAGAACAUCCGGUCCUUUGGAGGAAAUCCAGAAAAGGUGACAGUGUUUGGUCAUUCGGCUGGUGGUUAUAGUAUUGGCUUGCUUCUCCUGUCAGCAGAAAGCAAAGAUCUGUUUCGGAGAGCUAUACCAAUGAGUGGGUUUGGGUUGAGUCCGAGGGCAAUUACUCAUAACCCUCGAAAUGCAGCAACAAGACUGGCUACUAAACUCGGAUGCGUCCCAUCAGGCCGCAUUGAUGGGACUGUUCUUGAUUGUAUGAGAAAUAAAACUGCACAAGAAUUGCUUAAUGGGCAAAAUUCAAUUGUGACCGAAGAUUCGUCAAGUCCUCAGUUUAUCAUGCGACCAGCACCCGUAAUCGACAGGGAAAUAUUGAUGGACACUCCCCAAACCAUUAUUUAUGAUGGAGAUUCGGACGGAUGCCAGCGAUUCUUGUCAGCGGACUACAUGGCGGGAACAAAUAGUGCGGAUGGCGGUUUGAUAAGGUCAUAUUUGAAGGUCAUUCAAACUAGGUAUAACUUUACACUGUCAGACGGAGCACCAACAACCGCGCUCUGUGGCUCCAUUGCACCCGCACUUUCUCGUGAUUAUUAUGGAUCUAACGCAAAAAUAUCUGACGCCAUUUGUGUGAACUACACUUCGAAUGGCACACUAGCAGACCAGGCACGGCGUCUGGUGCACGUGUUUGGUGACAUGAUGUACGACAGUCGAGCAGUACAAACUCUGGAACGUCAUAUUUCUGGAACAACCCUUUCUUACCAAUUUAUUUUAUCUCAUAAGUCUUCGUUUGUUACAACGCCGAAUCUGCCCUCCUGGUUGAAUGGCGCCUACCAUGGCGAUGAGCUUGUCUAUAUAUUUGGAAUGCCAGUGUAUAAUUUUUCCAGAUCGGAAAGGUUAUUGAGUGAAGCAGUGAUGACUUAUUUGACAAACUUUGCCAAAUAUGGAGAUCCCAAUGGCCUCAAUACUACAGUUUCAUCACUACCACUGUGGCCACAGUUUGACCAUGGUCAGCGUCAUUACAUGGACUUUGAUCUCAACUUGACCGUAAAAAGUCAUCUGCGCAGAAAUAUGGUGAAUUUUUGGCUUGAGACUGUUCCAGCACUCAACAAAACCGUUUCAGACGAAGUAUCUAUGGCGACGAAAUCACGUCCCCUCAUGUGGUUCCCAAUAUUUCUGUGUUUCCUGGUAGUUUUGAGUUUAAGAUUUUAGUAUGGUACUAGCUCCCGUAUAAUGUGUUAUGAAUUCAGUUUGUCGUCUUCUAGUAUUGUUUAGGAAUACAACAGUGUGGACAGUGGUAUAAUGUCCGUUAUGUUCCAAUAAAGAUACCCUACUGCUUUCAGCAGAUGGAAAUGCUUUCGAACAGAUGUCUAAUUUUCCUGACUUUCCUCCUGAGUAUUAACACUCUCGGUCCCUGGCAACAUCGACGACUCCUAGAAAGACAAACAAAUACGAGGCAAUCUUACCUGGAUAAAGAUCUACAUGGUAUUCACAUUUACUCGGGUAAAGAUCUACAUGGUAUUCACAUUUACUCGGGUAAAGAUCUAUAUGUUUAUGGUAUUCGUAUUUAUCCGGGUAAAGAUAUAAAUGGUAUUCACAUUUGUCCGGGUAAAAAUCUAUAUGGUAUUCACAUUUACCUGGGUAUAG